AUGGUGCCCGAAUUCAAUGACCCUUUCAUCAUAUUGAGAAAGAUAUUUUUUAAUAAUUGCAUUAAUUACAAAAUAACAAAAUUUAGUAAUGUUUUGCUUAUUAUAAUUUAUUCACUGGUUUACUGUUUACAAAUAUACUACAUGUACAAGAAUUUUAGCAUAAACCUCUUAAUUAAAUAUGGCCCAAUAACAAUAUUCUUUUUACAGAUAAUUGUCACAGCAGUUUUUUGUGUUGCAAUGGAUAAGGAAAUGUUUGAAAUAUUAACAUUUUUUCAAAAAACUUGUUGGCCCCUUAAUAUCAUAAAAAAAGGUGUUCAAAUAAAGCUCGAGAGAAAAUGUCAGGUCAUAAGUAUCUGUUUAUCAUGCAUUUUGAUACUUAAUAUAAUGACUGUAAUUUUUAAUUAUCCAAAUUUUGGAACUCAGAGAGAUUUUUUCAUUUGUUUUAUAAUUUUUGAGGAAUAUUUUGGCGAAUGGUCGUAUAUUCCUUGUUAUUUCUAUUUCGUUGGAUUUUUAUUUUUAUAUUUUCUUUUCCUUAAAGUUUGUUAUAUCUUUGUUUAUGGAAUUUUAGAAGUUCAACUACAAUUCUUACUCAUUAAAGAAUAUUUAUUAGAAAUAUAUGAGUUUGAUCAUCUGAAAAGUUGGAAAUAUUUACAAGAUGUUCAAUACCAACAAGAAAUGGGAAAAAUUUUACGUCAGUGUAUUACGCACCACAAUGAUUUAAAAAAGUUGGUGAAAAUAAUUAUGAAUGUUGCAUUGAAAGCCAUGCCGUUUUUUCUACUAUUUGGAGUUUUGCUUCUCAUUAGCUGUUUCGCGUUGAUUAUAAAUUUUGCGGACACCAUGAGCAACAUUAUAAAAAUACGACAUCUCAUGUUUGCAAUAAAUACUUUUAUUCUCAGUUUUUUGUUGUGCUGGAUUGGUCAACAACUGGUCGAUGUGACGAGCAAUGUUUUUUUUACUUUGGCUGGAGCUCCUUGGUACUAUUGGAAUCUUAAAAACAUAAAAAUUCUUCUAACAUUUAUGACAAAUUGUACUAAGAAUGAGAGUAUUAAUUUGGCUGGGAUUUGUUUAGAUUACAAUAUGUUUGUUUCGGUCUUACGAAUCUCCAUUUCUUAUGCUCUAGUUUUGUACAAUCUUCACAAAAGUAGUGUCAUUUGA